AUGUAUUGUGGUCCAAGUAAAUUUGCUGAGGGCAUAGACAUUGUUAAACGCAUCCUACGUGAUUAUGAUACUACACUUACAGAGCGCACUAAAAAUGUAAAUGAUUCACUUAGCGAACUUAGCAUUAACUUAAACGAUAAAUAUGUCACUGAAGUAAAUAGUAAAAUUAGCGAGCCGCUUGAAAAGCAGUUGACUGCUUGGCGGGACACUGUCCACAACCUCGAAGCUGAGGUGAACAAAAUUCAGACUGAUAACAUUAAUGUGUUAGAUAAAUCACUUAGAGAUAGAAUUAUGCAUGAAUUCAUGCCUGUGAAAAGUGUGGUAGAGCAUAUGAGAAAGUCGUCCACUGUUCACGAUUUCGAGAGCAAGGUGAGAGAUGUGGAUGUGACCUUGGACAGACAGAGAUCAUACGUGAGAAAUGUCAUAAAUGAUGAAAGUAGAACCGUGAAAGACGCCGUGGCGAGGCACAUUUAUAUUAUGGUCGAGCAGACGAGAAGAAUGAAACAGAAUAUUGAAGAACACUUUAAAACCAUUAAUGAUCGCUUGGACGAUGCUCACGAUAUGAUAACAAAUUUCGAUUCGGACUAUAAAGCUGCGAUUACCGGUAAAUUUCAUGAUAUAAAAACAGCUGUUAAUAAUAUUUAUUCGCAAUUAGAUGCGAGCAAAGAAGGAGUUGGGAAAUUGGCAGGUUAUGUUCAUAGGGAGUUUGAGGCAAUUAAGAAUGGCGUUGAGAAGGACAAUGGGUCGGGUGGUGAAAAUGGUGAAAGCAUAGAAAAAAAGUGGGAGGAUCUUCAGGGGCAUAUUAGGGGAUAG